AUGCUAAGACGCUGGAUGAGUUGCCCGUCUCCACGAAUCGUGCGACUACGAGAGAAGCUGACGCCUUUUCGGUUCGUGGCUCAGUGGAGACCGGGUGCCGAUCACAAGGUCGCAGAUUGCCUGUCGAGACACCCAGUACGUGCACCAGACCCUGACGAUGAAGCUGGUGAGGAAGAAAUCGAGCACUGCUACUGUGUUCUCCGUCAGCUGUCGCAAGAGGACGAGGAAACAGGCCAUACAGUCCUCCCCGACCUUGGCAUUACGAAGGUGCGGGCGGAGGGCUCGACGGACCCGGAAUACCUCAAGCUGCUGAACGCCGUAAAGAACGGCUUUCCGGUGGACAAGGCUGCUCUGGACCUCGAUCUGCACCCGUACUGGCAGGUUCGGCAUGACCUGUCGGUCGAGGACGGCAUAGUGUUGUUGGGUCACCGUAUUGUCGUUCCCAGAAGGUUACGCCAGACCACGCUGGAGCAACUUCACGCUUCUCAUCAGGGACAGACCCGCACACUCCGCAGGGCCAGGCAAGCAGUGUACUGGCCCCAGAUCUCCAAUGACGUUAAGAACGUCGUCCAGACUUGCAGAUCCUGCAUCACGCUGCUCCCCUCCCAACCUUCUGAGCCGCUCCUCUCUGACAGUCGUCCGUCCAGACCGUUCGAAGAUGCAGCUGCGGACCUCUUCUCCCUAGGCGGCUUCGAGUACCUGGUUCUCACCGACAAGUUUUCCGGCUGGCCAUUUGUUGGGCGUUGUGGGAGGUCGGCUACCACGUCUGACGUCACCAAACAUCUCGUUCAGUGGAUGUCGGACGUUGGCGUUCCUACGCGCCUCACGACGGAUGGUGGGCCGCAAUUCAGAUCUUCAGCGUUCGCUUCGUUCUGCUCAGAGUGGAACAUUUGCCACGACCCCAGCAGCCCGUACAAUCCUCAGUCAAAUGGCGCGGCUGAGGCGGCGGUCAAGGCCAUGAAGCACUUAUUAAUGAAAAUUGGCAAAGGUGACGCCUAUAAGAGCAGUGCCUUCAGAGAAGGGUUGCUGGAGUGGCGUAACACGCCUGGGCCAGGAGGAGCAAGCCCGGCCCAACUGCUGUUUGGAAGGCCAACGAGGACCAAGGUUCCCACACUUCCUGCAAAUCUGCAGCAGUACGCUGCCCACAGCCGCAGUGCUCCCCAGCAGGUCUCAUCCCAGCUUGGCAAACCUCUGCCCCCUCUGCACGUAGGCGAUAAGGUAUGGAUCCAGAACCAGUCUUCAAAACGCUGGGAUAUGGAAGGAACGGUCACAAAAUGCACGAGAAGAGGACGGAGCUACACAGUGCAGACAGUGACGGGGUCCAGCUUCUGGCGGAACAGACGGUUCCUCCGGCCACGUGCAUAG